CGGCGACUAAGAGCCUGGAAGUCGGGGCCGCGGGGUCGAGGGGAGGCCGUGGCUGACAGGCGCUCCUCCCCCCGACGGCGGCGGCUGCUGCCCAGGCGGACCGGCGGCUUCCAGCUCGCGGCCGCGUGAGGCGCCAGGGCCGCACCGGGGGAUGGACGAGGAGAAGAUGGACGAGAAUGAAUGGGGGUACCACGGGGAAGGCAACAAGAGCCUGGUGGUGGCCCACGCGCAGGUCAGUGCCACGUCCUCGUAGCACCUCUUGCCCCAGCCCCAGGCGGUGCCACCUCCGACUGCCCAGCUGCGGGGGUAGCGGGAGCCGGGAUGGGAGUCCCCGCAGCUCUGGAGGUUGAAGAAGGCAAGUGCCCGGGAUGGUGCUCUCCCCCAGCACGGAGGGAGUUUAUCCUUCAAGACGCAGGGAAUUGCCCCGCCGCUGCUGCCGACAAUAAUAAUGGAGUAUUGCCCACAGGUUCUUCUCCAAAAUCUUCUAGGAUUUAAAGGGGUUGUUUUUCUUAAUUCGGUGAGGGCUUUCAGAAGGUCCAAUAAGGACUCCCAAGAAGGUGAAUCCAGGAAGAGAAGCUUGUGGAUUUGUGUGAAGCCCCAGAUCUCCCUGACGUUCUGCUGAUACAACCAGGCUGGAAUGUGGUGGGCAGGGGAGGAGCCCUAGGUGUUGCGCCGGGCGCCUGGGGGGCGGGGGCCGGCCCGGGCGGGUGGGGGGGGGGAGGUGUUAAGAGCUUGGGAAUUGGAGUCACGCAGAGCUGGGCACAGUCCCAGUUCUACCGCUGCCUGGCCCAGACUCCCUUUCUGCAUUUGGAGAGCGGAACUAGUAACAAAACCCCUGUCGUGGAGUUGGUACAGGAUGAGGUGAGCAGGAGCUGGGCGAGUCAAGCCUGGCAAGUGAAAACUGUCAUUCCCUUUGGACUCGGGUUAGAGCCCUGACCCAGUCCAGCAGCUCCUACAGGCUGGUGCGGGCUUUGGGGGUUGCCUGCUCAGUUGUUUCUGCGCUGGGUGUGCUGGGUCAGCUGUAGGGCAAGCUGUGGCCACGCAGGUGGCCCCUGUUCUGCCUUUGCAUUUUGUUAUUCCUGGCACAGCGAGGGGAGCAGAAGAACGAGACUGCAGGCUUUGCUCAAGAUCUUCGAUGAAUGGGGCGUUGUGUGGUGCUGCGUUUCCUGAAGUUUCCUCCAAACAGGAAGAAGGCCUCAGAAGAGAUAUUUCAGCACCUACAGAACAUAGUGGACUUCAGCAAAAAUGUCAUGAAAGAGUUUUUGGGGGAGAACUACGUUCACUGUGGGGAGGUGGUUCAGCUGCCUUUAGAUUUCGUGAAACAGCUUUGUUUAAAGAUACAGUCUGAAAGACCAGAAUCCCGCUGUGACAAGGACCUGGACACUCUCAGUGGCUAUGCGUUGUGCCUCCCCAAUUUAGCCCGACUUCAGACUUACCGUUUUGUUGAGCACCGGCCGAUUCUGUGUGUAGAGAUCAAGCCAAAAUGUGGGUUUAUUCCUUUCUCCGGUGACGUUACGCACGAGGUGAAGCACAAAGUGUGCCGUUACUGCAUGCACCAGCACCUCAAGGUGGCAACCGGGAAGUGGAAGCAGAUAAGUAAAUACUGCCCCCUCGAUCUCUACUCAGGGAAUGAACAGAGAAUGCACUUUGCUUUGAAGAGCUUGUUACAGGAAGCUCAGAACAACUUAAAGAUAUUUAAGAAUGGUGAGCUGAUUUAUGGCUGCAAAGACGCCCGCAGUCCCGUGGCCGACUGGAGCGAGCUUGCACACCACCUGAAGCCGUUCUUCUUCCCGUCCAACGGCCUGGCUGGCGGGCCCCACUGCACAGGUGCCGUGAUCCGGGAGCUGGUGCGUGUUAUCACACGGGUGCUGCUGAGCGACUCUGAAAAGGGCCGGGCCGGCGCCCUGAGGCUGGGGCCAGGCCUGCAGGGCCCUCGUGUCUGUGAAGCCAGCCCUUACGGCAGGAGCCUGCGCCACCAAGGAAAAAGCGCCCCGGAGUGCUCGGGGUUACCGAAGGGCUGUCUUCUGUACAAAACCCUCCAGGUGCAGAUGUUGGACCUGCUGGACAUCGAAGGCCUCUACCCUCUGUACCGGCGGGUUGAGCGGUACCUGGAGGAGUUUCCUGAGGAGAGAAAAACAUUGCAAAUAGAUGGGCCUUAUGAUGAAGCGUUUUACCAGAAGUUGCUUGAUCUUUCCACCGAGGACGACGGGACAGUGGCCUUUGCACUGACGAAGGUGCAGCAGUACCGGGUGGCCAUGACCGCAAAGGACUGCUCCGUCAUGAUCGCGCUGUCCCCCUGUCUGCAGGAUGCCAGCUCUGAGCAGAGGCCUGUCGUCACUUCAUCGAGAUCCAGGUUUGCCUUCUCUGUGUCUGUGCUGGACCUCGACCUCAAGCCCUAUGAGAGCAUUCCACACCAGUAUAAACUGGAUGGGAAGAUCGUCAACUACUACUCAAAGACUGUACAUGCCAAAGACGCGGCCGUGAUGUCAGCCAGGUUCAAGGAAAGUGAGGACUGCACGUUAGUUCUGCACAAGGUCUAACCGCCUCCUGUGGUGUCCCUGAAACUUGAACACAGAAUGUGAAGGUCAAAUGGUAGAGCUACUUUUUGUUGUGUUGGGUGACUUUUGGCUGUGAAUGUUUUCGCUUUUUAACCCCUGUUCAGGUGGGGACUGCGUCUGGGUGACCCGGAAUGCACGAUCACCACCAGGACGAGAUGUGCUGGACGCGUGCCCCAUUGCGUGCUGUGGCCCCACACCCGGGGUUCGCGUCUAACCUCUGGCAUGAGAGCCUCAAGACCCGAGGUUUGGAUCUCCUACCACCAGACUCUAACAUAGAAAACUUGAAUUGUCGCGUACGUCUUACAGUUUGGACUUGAAAGAAAACAUGGAUACUACUGGAACUUUCCCAGCUGAGUUACGUGGUCCCUUCUUCCGUGCGAGCCACCAGGUAGCACAGGCUUAGCGGGCUCCCUGCUACAGAGUGGGGGUGGCUGGCAUGGAUGUGGGUCCUGGGCUGUGUGGACUCGGGGUCUCUGUGGAGGGGCCGCACACACUGCUCUGCACAGGGUCAGCGGGGAGCGCAGGACUCAGGUCGGGGGGUGGAUACCACUCAAACGAGCGCUGGCCAUUUUUAGCUAAACGAUCUGAUCUUAACCGUAGGGGACACCAGGCGUUCCUUCCCGCGGGCAGGUGCUGCUGUGGUGCUGGGAGCAGAGCUGCUGCCCGGGGCGGGUGUCCAGGCGGCCGUGCGCCGCGCAUGCUGGGUGUUCGGGGCCCUUGCUCCCGUGAGACGAGCCCCUCCCGGCUGGCACCAAGAGGUUCUCAUCAGGGUCGCCCCCUGCAGGUGUGCCCGGCUGCUAUGAAAACUGUCAGGAAUCUUGGCUUCAGUUUUUUAUUCUCUGGUAGGUUGUACAGAUUAUUUAUAUCACUGUUUUGAGGGACUAAUGAAGGCUUAUUGUAACAUAAGAUUAUCAUAGCGAAACCAUGGGAUUGUAUGAAAAUGCUACGUGGAAAAUAAGAAUAUUUUGCUGAUUGUAAACUUUCGUGGGGAAUUUUGUGAUAACUUGAGAAUUACAGUUGUUUGAAUCAA